CCUGUUUCUGUUUCCACAGCCACCGCAGAAGGCAUGCACAUCUGGUUUGCUUUGAGCCUGACCUACUGUGCUGGCAGAAGUCCCUUGGUUGCUGUAGGAGAUGCUGCGGCAGGGGAUCGUGGUGCACUGUUUCUCCUGGGCACUGUCAUCUUGGGUGAGGACAUUAAGGUAGAGUGAGUCAAGGACCACCAGGGAAGGAGUCUCCUCGGGCAGUUUGUCAUUUUCCAAGUGGAUUUUUGUUGACUGGAAUACAGAUUGAAAACUUGAAAGCAUCAUGCUUUGCCUCCUGACACUGAUUGUGAUCCCAGUGGUCCUGGUCUCUGUAGGUUAUCCACAGGGCCUGCCAGACUUGACUGUUUCCUCCCUUAAGCUGAGAGUGCAUGUGGGUGAAUCGGCCUUGAUGGGAUGUGUUGUCCAGAGCACAGAAGAGAAACCUGUGGACAAAGUAGAUUGGGUAUUCUCGAAAGGGGAGCAUGCUGAGAAUGAAUACGUGCUGUACUACUACUCCAGCCUCAGCGUGCCCACGGGGCGCUUCCAGAACCGUUCACGUUUGGUGGGGGACCUCUUACGUAACGACGGUUCUCUCCUGCUCCAAGAUGUUCAGAAGGCUGACGAGGGAAUCUACACCUGUGAAAUCCGCCUCAAAAAUGAAGGCUCAGUGUCGAAAAAGUUCGUGUUACUGCACGUGCUACCAGAGGAGCCUAAAGAGCUCAGAGUCCAUGUAGGUGAUCCAAUUCAGAUGGGAUGUUUUUUCCGGAGUACAGAAGAGAGACGGGUGACCAGAGUGAACUGGAUGUUUUCUUCAGGAAAGCAUGCCCAGGAGGAGAUUGUCUUGUCCUAUGACUUCAACAUGCAUAGUGGGACCUUCCAGGGCCAGGGUCGCUUCCGCAACCGUGUAGACCUGACAGGUGACAUCUCCCGCAACGAUGGCUCUAUCAUGCUUCAAACAGUGAAGAAGUCUGACCAAGGAGUCUACACUUGCAGCAUCUACCUGGGGAAGCUGGAGUCCAGGAAAACCAUUGUGCUGCAUGUGAUCCAGGAUGAAUCUCCAAGGUCAAUUUCAACAACUACUGAAACUGCUGGGAAACAGCAGGGGAUCCUGGAUGGGAACCAGCUGGUGAUCAUUGUGGGGAUCGUCUGUGCCACCCUCUUGCUGCUUCCAGUUUUGAUAUUAAUUGUGAAGAAAACCAAGUGGAAUAAGAGUUCAGUGAGUUCUAUCGCUUCUGUAAAGAGCCUGGAAAACAAAGAGAAGACCAGUUCAGAGAAACAUGUCUACUCCUCCAUUACUACAUGGGAGACGGCAGAGAGAGGACCAAGUGGAGAGUCAGAGGCCACCUACAUGACCAUGCACCCAGUUUGGCGUUCUUCCCCCAAAGCAUCCAGUUUGGCCCUCUCUUCAGCCAGAAUCAAGUAAUGCAGUUGAAAAAAAAAGUCAGCUCGGGGAAUUCCCAAAGCAGAGCAAACUUUCUGAGACGAAAGGAGAGACUCUUCAUGGUGGUCCCCAGGGUCACUGUGCCAACCAUUUUAGACUUGUGCUUUCCAGCUUGUCUCUGCUCCAUCAAAGGCCUGGAGAUAGAGGGUCUGGAAUCCAGCGGAAGACUGAACUGCUCCAGAUAACCAGGCUGUGUGGGCUUCUCCUAGAAGUGGUGUGCUGGCUGUCGAGGAUGGGGAGCUCCCUGAUCCACCCUGUGCUUUCAAGCACUCCCUUGGACUGGAUCUGUAACAUGAACAGUGGCUUGCUUAUUUGUUCUUGUGGGAUGAGCUACUAAGAGACUCAAUAGAGAUAUAAACCAACAAAAACAAUCUUUUCUUAUGUCCUGGAUGAAGGGCAAGUGGGCAAAUUUGAAGCAUGGAACUCCUGAGAAAGUGUCCUUUGAGGAGAGCCACAAUGGAUUCAACAUCUGAAGACUGGUUUAGUUCUGGGGGAGGUUUUAGGGACAACAUGUUGCAUGUGGGGUAUGAAAACAGCUCCGGGGUUUCCUCAUACUGGGGAUCUGCGUUGGUGGCUGAAGCUAGGCCUAUGAAGUUUGGACAUCCAUUGUCUUCAAAAGUGUUGAAGGGGUUGGGGAUUUAGCUCAGGGGUUGGGAAUUUAGCUCAGCGGUAGAGCGGUUGCCUAUCAAGCGCAAGGCCCUGGGUUCGGUCCCCAGCUCUGGAAAAAAAAAAAGUGUUGAACAGUCUUGCCAAAGCGAACAGCCAAUGAUUGAAUUCUUGGUCUGAAAUAGGGGGUCCCUAUACUUUUCAUUAUUAUUAUGAGAUUUAAAAAAUUUUUUAAAUGGGAGUGGUGCUGGAGAAAUAGUUCAGCAGUUAAGAGAAGUGACUGCUCUUGCAGAGGACCAUGUUUGAUGCCUAACAUCUACAUGGUGGCUCGUAACUGCUUGUAACUCCAGUUCCAAGGGAGCUGAUGCCUUCUUGCCUCUGUGGUCACUGUAUGCACAUAGUACAGGGACAUACAUAUAGACAAAAUACCCAUAUACAUAAAUGUUUCAAAAUGUUAAAUAAAAACUAAAUAAAAGUGUUGAUAUUAAAAAUCUUGUUUUUUGGGCUGGAGAGAUGGCUCAGUGGUUAAGAGCACUGACUGCCCUUCCAAAGGUCCUGAGUUCAAAUCCCAGCAACCACAUGGUGGCUCACAGCCAUCUGUAGUGGGAUCUGAUGCCCUCUUCUGGUGUGUCUGAAGACAGCUACAAUGUACUCAUAUACAAUAAAUACAUCUUAAAAAAAAUCUUGUUUUUCUUAAAGUUGACUUAUGACUCAUAGGGGUCAACUGAGACUCCAGUUCUGAUCACCUUUCCUCAACUGUCACAAACUUUUCCUCAUUCUCUGUAUCUUUCUCUUCAUCGCCUGUUCAGAGGCAAUAAAAGUCUUCUAU